AUGCAACAUCUUAUCAUAACAUCAAAAUCAACAUUUGGUAUGGUUGCUCAAGGUUUAGCACGUAAGGGUGCCUGGAUAGUACGACAAGGUGCAUCACACGAAAUACAAACCGUUAAGUCAGAUCUUUGUGAAUGGGAAUCGACUAGUGAACCAGAAUAUCAAAUGAUGAGUUCACUUCAAGUCAAUGAUACUUGUUCCAAAAAUAGUGCAUCUUUACCAAGUAUUGGAGAGAGAACUGUUGUUUAG